AGCGGCUAAUAGCCAUCCCUACGAAGGCUGGAGCGUGGCAAGGUGUGCGUGCGCACAGGUAGAAGGAACGCGUUUCGUCCGCGGACAAACGAGCGUCUACGAACAGCGACGACCGGUACCACACAGAUAAAAGAAAAAUGAUGGUGUGCGUGGCUGUGCACAGGUAGAAGGAAGAGAACAGCGGCAACAGAGGCAGAGGUGCGGCGUGACCGCUUCGCCGCGACACUACACGAGACUGCAGUGAGUUGGUCGCUGCCGUGCGUCGCUCUUCACUGCUUUUCGAUCGACACGAACGAUCGACAACCGCGGAUCCGGCCGGCCGUGGAUCGUGGAUCGUGGAAAAUCUGUGUGGACUCGCAACCUGUUGCGCUACCGGCUACCGAUCUCUCAUACAUCGGACUCAACACGCACCACUCUAGCGGCACACCACGGCACAGUAUUAGCCUUGACGGGCGCCAGCCAACCUGGACACAUACUUAACUUGCACAGCUAGCGCGCGUUCACACGUGGAUCGCAGCGAGUGCGCGGCAUCGCUACGUGGAUUCGAAUCGAGGAAAGUAAUCCUCGAUACGUCGGAUGAUCGGAGGAAAGUGGCGUCGAUAUGUGACCCGUGAUCGUGUGUCAACAGUGUGCUGGCCAGCGGAGCACCAUGUCGACGACGGACGUGUUUCGCAUCGCGCAACAGGGACCGCCGUCUGCCGAAGAGGAGCAAGGAAGACUGAAGGCUGAUCUGCAAUACCUGCGAAGGAGGGGACUUCUGAAGGCGUCGGGUGAACUAUCGUACCAAGGACGCAAGUGCACCAGAUGCGGUGCACCGUUUGGUAGAUUUUACAACACCGGUGCCCCGUGUACACGCUGCAGGCACAGAGUUUGCAGACAGUGCCGUAUCGAGGUCAGGAGCCCUACCGAUAACAAAGACGUCGAAUGGAUCUGUAACGUUUGCUAUAAGAUCGCGGAAUUGCACGUUGUUACCGAGAAGUGGACCUAUGACAAUUCGGUAUGUAAAGGAUCUAUAAAUGGGAAAGCGGCGUCGCCUGUGGAGUUGUUGAAACACAGCAUCAGACGAGCUUGGACUAUUAACGGUCCACCCACACGUUGGUCCGCGGCGAGGAAAUCGCCCGAGCUGCGCAUAUAUCGGAGCCUGCCGUCUCGUCAUCAAGAGUACCGGGAAAUCGUUAACAAGAACGAAAUCGUGAAGACAGUGGACAGAGAAACGUCGAAUUGCGAUCGAAAGGAACCAGUUGCGAGAGAGGCGAGCGGACAGCCCGAUGAGUGUAAUGGUUCCGCGAAAGACGAUCCAUGCAAAGAUGCCAUAGCGAGGAACGAAUCGAUCCCGCUGGAAAAAUUCCCGCCGCGUGUGGACGCGAACGAACGAACGAACGCGAAACGACCGGAAAAACAACCGAAUAAACAGGAAGAGGAAGUGCCAUCCUCGGACGCUGUGAAAGCAAAGAAGAACGAGCGGUCCUUUCCGGCCAUCGGCAAUAAAACGAAAAUCGAAGAGCAGGACGAAACGGUCGGUAGCCAGGAGCAGAGUACGCCGAGAAUCUCUCUGAUAAAGCCACCGAGAAUAUUGUCGAAGCUCAUUUCGCCGGAGAUAAAGUCGAGCCCGGUUAAGCAUGGGGAACGAAAAUCGAAUAUCCCGAUAUUUAAGAGGAGCUCCAAGGAAUUCGAGGACAUUAGAAGCCCGCAAGAAUCGCCGAAACGUUCUCUCAUCCCUCAAAGAUACCGAGGAAGCACGGAUGAUCUGCGACGAAGUCGCGAGGACAUAAGCCUGCCCAGCUUGAUCCCGAAGUUGCUCUCCCCGAGGAACAAGGAGGAGCGAUUGAAACGCCAGGACAGCAAGGACGACAUCCGUUGCCUGUCGAAGUGGAGUCGAAAGGACUGGAAGGAAGAGACGAGAGGAUCGGCGAGUCAGUCGGCUGGCAAGGAGGACUCUAAGUACGGCAUUCGGCUAUUCCGACGGGACAACAGCCGCGAGGACGUGGGUAGGGAGAGCGCGAAUUCAAAUGCGAAUAGCGCGGCCUUUGCUGCAAAAGGAAAGCAAGUCGGGAAAGAGGAGAAGCAGGAGAGGACGGAGGAACGCGUGGGCGUCUCGACCACGUCGAAAUCGAAGUCGACGGUGCACGAACAAGGCAGGACGAGGGCACCGGGCAGAGAGGGCAGCAAGGAGAGCCUCGAUGGCAAGUCGUCGAGGAACGACGAGGAAGGGCCGCGAGUGAACCAGCAUGAGAGAGUGAAAGCCGAGGCGGCGGCCAACGAACAGACGAUGCUCGACGUGGUCGUCAGCGACGAGAAGCUGCUGGAAGAGCAAGAGGGCGUGAGGAAAGGUGAAAAGGAGGCGAGAGAGGAGAAACGCGCCACGGAGGCGAACAAAGAGGAAGACUCGAUGGUCGAGGAGGCAGAAGCCUUGGAGAACGACAAGAACGUGGACUCUAUGAAGGAGACAGCUGAGUGCUUGAUAGAGAACUCUGAGACAGAUGUCACUGCGUUUGGAGCUUACGAGAGGAAGGAUAUUGGUCAUGGGAGGAAGCUCGAUGAUUUUCAAGUGGUACGGCGAAAAUUUUCGAAGGAGGAGUUCUCCAAUCCUGAUGACACGGAUGAUACUCCUAAUAAACGCUGCUCCAGUCAUUUGUCUCCCGAGGCGAGUCCGCUGAGCACGAGAUCGUCGAGAUACAGCCCAAGGGAGAGCGAGAGCGAACCAACCCCAGCGCUUCCGCGGAAAACGGGCGAUUCGUGCUCAGCAUCCCAAAGAAUACGGGAUGCGAUCACGAGGACCAGGAGGGAAUCCAAUAGCAGCACUAGAUACGAGAGUAGCGGUAGCGAGAGCGUAAGGUUAAGCGAGACUGGUCUUCAUGGGUAUGUAGAGCUUGCCAGGAAGGUGAAGUUUUUCGGUGGAAACGGAAGUGGUGCGGUUCCAUCGGCGAUCGGAAGUGAUGAGGUAGUGCAACGUGAUAGCGCAACAAGUGCAGGUGAAGAUGAGCCGCACGAUGAUAAUCAUGGAAGAACAGGUCCUGUUUCUUCUCAAGGAAGAAGCAUGCUUCGAAGAAGACGGCAAUUUGAUGCCCAAGGUUCCCGACGAAGAGGCCGAUCGCACGCGAGGACCUGCUGCGCCGAGGAGCUGCAGAGCUUCCACACGCUGCACGUGAUCGGUAGAGACGGUAGACAGCACAGCCCGACCGGAAAUCAGGCCCAGGACCAGCCCCUGAUCGACUACAGGCGACUGGUCUUCAUCAGCUCGGACUCGUCCUCUGGCCGCGAGGAAGACGACGCUGACAGCAGUUGCUCGAGUUCCUCGUUCUUGAACGGGCUGCCACGAGCUGGCAGCCACACGCAAUCCCUGGAGGACUGUGACUGGGACUAUUUCGAGAGCGGAUCCUUGCCUCUGCCAGCCGGAGUGCCGGUCACCAUCGGCACCAGCAACGUGGCCACGGAAACCAGCACCGGCCAGGACUGGAGCUGCUGUCCAGGACGUGGUUCCACUGCUUGUCAGGCCUGCGGAGGUUCCCGAGGCGCGAACGUGCUUCCAGUACCAGUACCGAUCCCAGUACCGGUACCAUAUCCAGUACCCGUCCCAGCAUCUCUCUGGACCAGCGACUUUGCAGCCGCCGCGUCCUCCAUGAUAAGCCGCAGCAGCGAUGCUCAUGCGGAACCAGGAACACUGAGGUUGAGAGGCGACCCAGCUGCGCCCUGGUUCGCUUGGCAUCCACGAUUCAAUCAGCCUCUACACGGUGCCAGGCUCGAUCCAAGGCUGACCGGUGUCUUCGACCCAACGACCUGCACCUUCAGACCCGAUCAAGUGUUAGCCCCGCCAUUGUACGGAUCGACCAUCGAACCGUCCUCCAUUCCAUCCACAGAAGCGCUUCGUCAGCGAGUGGACAAUCUGCGGAUCAAUCAGGACGAAAACGACGAUGCCGGAGUGAGCGUCGCGGCGAAAUCCGUGGAGACCUUCCAGCAAGAGGCUGCGUUGGACAUCUCGAGCGAGUCGAAAGCCGCAGAACAAUCACCCACGAAUGUCCGGGCGAAAUUGGACAAGUCGAAGGCCGAGCAGGGCCAAGAGAGCGAUUACGAGACGAACGAGACAAAGGAGAGCGAGGAAACGGGCUGCCAAGAUUCCGUGAGCGUGUCCUUUGAAAACAGGCGGGGACAAAGGAUGUACCAGCACGACGACUCUGGCAGCUCAUCCGGCCGAUCCUCCGCGGACAGCAGCGACUUAGAGGAAGACUCGUCUUCCCAUAGAUUCUCGAGAGUCUUCGUCGUAAACGAUGAUUCCCUCACUAGCGACAACGACAUCGAAGACAAUGGUGACGAGGACGAAGAUUCGGACUCCGCUGCUGAGAACGGUAUCACUUUGAAGAGGGUAACUGCAUUGCCUGACGAGGAGCCUGUGGUGUUGCAGUAUGUACGAUUUUUCAACGAGGACUCGAAUUUCGAGGACGUGAACGGGGAUCGAAUGGGAAGUAACAACAGGGAAGAUUCGGAGAGGGAGAAGAGGAGAUCUAGCUGUAAGGAUGACAGCUCGGAAGGCAAUGACAAGUCUGAGAAGGAAGGGAGUAUCAACGAGAAACGAAGGACUCGUGGGAGGAGGCAUAAUAUGGAGAUGAACAACGACAAGAGGAUUUCUUUGCCGUUGCAGCAACGCGAGAUGCCUGAGGAGAUGUACAUUGCCAGUGACAACGAUUGCUCCGAGAAUCAGAUAGAGUUGAAGUCCAUAAAGACCUUGGAUCCUGACAGCAUCGAACCUGUCGCUUUUAACGAUACCACCGAAGGCAUCGCUGUAAAGGCUGAAACGAUGAUCGAGGAGAAAUUGUCGAACAAAAUAGAAGACGAUAGCCCGAGAGUCGAAGAAUCCCUGUUAUCGAAUCAAAUGACGUUUAACAACGAAGCCACCGAGGAUUGCCAAACGCAGCUGUCAUCUACGGAGACCUGGGACCUGAAUAUAAUCCCAGACUCUCUGGAAAUUUCUGACCAGACAGAGAUGCUAAACGGCAAUGGUUCGUCCAUGGAGAAUAUCACGGACUCGAAAUUUCACGCCUCGACACCGUUGAUAAUUCACGGAACCGAGAACGGUACUGAUUGCGAGAGAAUAGGUAGCACCGAUUAUUGUGAAACCGGGAUCGAUAACUCGCUCGCUUUAUCGCAGAUAAUGAGCAACGAAAGCGUAGAUCGGGACAACGAUAAUCGCUCGCAUGACGCACCGACCUAUCUGAAUUCGAAUUCGAACGUAACUACGAACGGAUCUUCAGGGUCCGAAAGUUUCACGAGCAACGAGACGAACACGACAGGCAGCGAGGUGAGCAGCGACGAGCUGCACGAGUACGAAGUGGCGUCAGCGAACGUCUCUUCGUGCUACGAGAACAACGAGUUCUCGUUCUCAGCGACAAACAGCGAGUUGUUGUCGAGGUUGAACAAAAGGAACGAGGAAAGAACGUCGGGGCAGGAGAAUCGACGCAACGACGCCGUGAAAAGCGUCAAGGACAUCGGUUAUUGUGAGGAAUUUAGCGUCACCGCGUCGAAUAGAACGAAAUGGAACGCACAAUACGAGAAGGCAGCUGUUGAGCAAGAAUCGGAUAAUACGAACGUUGACUGUGUGGCAAGCGUGCGUACAGAGAGUGAUUCAGUACCGAUCGCAACGGAGGAUGAUCAAUCCGUUACGUGCCAGGCUGGAAAAUCGGUGACACCGGAGGCCAAAGAUGGCGUGGAAGACAACGACCCGACGACGGGGAAUCACGGCGGUGGAAUCGACUUGAAAUCAGCGGGCUCCGACGUGGGCGACAUGAUAACCAAGAUUCAAGAGAUGUUCAAGAGCGCGGAGAGCGCAGGUAAAGCAGAGAGUGCGCAUGACGGUGGCUCGUGCACGGUGAGAGGCGAUAGUCCUGCUUUUGGUCAGGUGGUAGGAGAGGUUCGUAGUGGAGGUAGCGAAGGUGGUAGUGGUACCGAUGGUGGUGGCGUCGCUGGAAGCUGCUUUGAGGAGGGGAUAGAAGGGGGAUCGACACGGUUUCGCUCAGUCGAGCGACGCCCGUCUAGUCGAAAGGAGAAUGGAUUCCCUCCUGCUGCGUCGACGAAGGAUUCCAUCAGAGACGUCCAGCACUUCUUUCCAACGGUCCACAACAACGGUCUCGGUAGCAAUAAUAAUAGCAACAAGUACAGAAGCCUCGUGAUGAUCACCCAGGAAGCCUCGUACCAGCCAGUGAGCGUAAUCACCUCGGACACGACGACCUUGUUGCAGCCGGAUGAAGUGCAUACGGCUAGCCAGGGUCUGGCUGGUUACUUCCAGCUGGCGCUGGAAGCCGUGGCCGAGCAGCCUCACCGUAAGAAUGGUCAGGGUCCGAGGAAGCCUUUGAUGGUGAAGCGUUUAGGCAGUGUGACCGCGAAUCAUUCGGAGACAGAGGUUGACAGCGGUCUGAGUGUCGGUAGUGCUAGUGAAAGCGACGACGUGUCGGUGAAAAAUGCAACGAAAAUAAGUGGUCGGCAGGAAAACAGCGAGGACAAUGCCACAAAGGAGCGUUUGGCUAACGAGCAUCGCGAGUGCUCGCGAACACGUGUCUCCUCGCAGUCCAGCGAUGAAAAUUCGAUCAGCGGUGGGGUCGUGAUACUGGAGGAAGGUUUAGCCGAUGACGAUUCAUGGGUGGAGGAGGUUUCCCACGACGAGGACGAACCUGGCGCUACGACAGCCACGGAAGAGAGCUCCGAGGAUGAAGCGAACAACCUUGGAGAUCGCGAGGAAGAACUACGUGGUUAUCACAGACAGGCUAUUGACUUCACCUUGCACACCAUCGUCGAAGAAUCCUGCGAGGAGAGCGAGGCGGAACCCAGUUUGGCUACAGGUAGUCCAUCCAAGAAACAGAGACCUCCAUCCGCCUCUGAAUUGGAGAAAUACUUCUUCUUUGGCCUCGGGGGAGAUGGCAAUAAUUCGAGCAUGGGUUCGCGCGAGGUGGAUAGCCUUUCGGAAACUUCGUCCAUCUAUUCAGAGGGCUUGGAGUCACUAGGGCAGGAUGAGACUCCAGGAAAUGGACAGAGCCAGGAGAGAUCGAACUCUGGAGAGGGAUUCCUCAAUUCCUCGAGAUUGGAGAAAUACUUCUUAUCGGAAUUUCUCGGGUUCGAUCAGGACAGACGAGAUUCGGAUGGUUCUGUUGGCAGCGAUUCCGAAGGGAGGCCGAGUCCUGAAGCACAGAGAAAGAAGAAGCUGGUCCGUGCUAGAGGUACCGGUAGAUCGCACAGUUCGUCCUUGGACAAUUUAUUGGCUCUCACGCAAAGUUCGCAGAACUUGAGCUCCCAAAAUUCGCUUCAGGAUCUGAGUCUGAAUCAGGACUCGCAAGAAACCCAAUCCGAAGGCUCUUCCACCGAGACAGACGGUGCGGAUGACGGUCAGACAGCCGCGUUUGGAACAGACGGACAGUUCGACACCGUGAAACGAAAGAAGAAGAAGCCCAGAAAUCUAGGUACCCAGAGUCCACGUGUACCCGAUGACAGGAAUAAGACCCCAGAGCCAAGCAGAGAAAUGGUCUUGGUGGGAGAAGUGGUGAUGGAAAACGAAGCAGAAGUCAUCAACUCGGAAGAUUCCGAUAGAGCAAAGACCCCUCAACCAGAAUGCAUCCUGUCUUCUUCUUCCUCUCCGUCGACUACCAUCAACGCCUCGCUAACGUCCACGUCACUGCUCGAUUCCUCAAGGAAUAUGCAGAUGAGCUCGGGGGAAUCUUUGAGCUACAAUCAAAGAUCGAAACAACAGUCUCGUGACUCGGGAUUCGUAGGUAGCUGCGAUGAUCUUCUGCAGCACCAGAAGAUGCCCGAUGAUGCUCAAUCCAAUACAGAGAUCAGCCAAGAGACUGCCAAAGAUCGUUCCAGCUGCGAGAACGGUGAAAAUGUUCAAGAUGCGAAUCAAAGCUGCAUGGAAGGUAUUCCUGGAGUGGAAAAGGGAAACGUAGCUAAGGUGGAUCACCAUUUAAGCCACACUACACUGCCCCACUUGCCAAACGCUUCCCUCUCGAGGAAGGACAGUUUCAAUAACUGGUCCAGCGACGAGGAAACGAACCUAAUGAUGUCCAAGAUGAGACAAUUCUUCAAAACCAUGGUCGCCAAUUCUAACGGACAGAACCAGAACGCUACCAGCGCAAAUUCCAGUGGCGCCUCACCUGCGCCCAGUCCUAGACUACCUGGUUACUCCUCGAAGGCCAGGCUAUGUUCGCAAAAUCGUACAAAACCACCACAGCUAGUAUACUUCGAAAACGAACUAACCAGGCUGAUGAAAACCGUGCCGGGAAUUCGGGACGAACAAGUACGAGAGAUCGUGGAGUAUCUGAGUUCCGAGGACACGUGGUCCGAUUCGUACGAUAGCUCGGAUUACACGAGUUCCGAUUUAGAGGGAGCAGCUGGUGGCCGUCGAUCGGCGUUGCAGGAACAAAUCUCGCAGAGCUGCCAGCAGAUUAUCAGCAAAUUCGACACCACGUCUGGUGACAAUCUGCUGGACAAAGAGAGAGAAGAUAAAACUGGGCCGACUGGAAUUCAGCCUCCCUGUUUAGGCAGGGACACUGCGUUCGUGUAUCAAAAACUGGUGCAGAGCUUCACGAAAAUGGCCGGCGAUGGUGUAAGCUCUGACGCCAAUUCGACGCCUCAUAGCAGCCCACCGUUGAUCGCUAAAGUGAUGCACCACAUCGGUAGCCGACUGGUUGCCCUGAUGCACGAAGUCUCCGAAGGUGGACCAACCGUGCAACAUCAUUCCACGAGCUGGAGACGUUACUCGCAACAUCAUCGAACACCAUCAUCAGCUUCCACUACCGAGGACGAUGAUUCUACCUCGGACUCGACCAAUGCACCUUCGUCGACGCAUUUGCAAUUACCCAGAUCAAAGUCCCACGAUCCUCUGCUACUGAUCAACAGUCACCCGACAGCCUCCACCGGACAAGAGGGCGAGGAACGCGAGGCUAGUGAUUACGAAAGGUUCUCAUGGCGAGGAAGCUUUGAGUCUGCUCUCAUGGCAGCGGAUUCUAGGACGAAACUGAGCCUCCUGGCAUGUUCCGGAGAUAGUGUCGGUGCUAGUGCUAGUGCUAACGCCUUAGCCAUGGCUGCUAAGCGUCGCAGUGCUGGAGAUCUGUUGUUCAAUCCGAAAAGCUUCUCGAGAGAACAGUUGGACAGGGUUAGAAGCUGCGGGUCCAUUGGUGGUGGAAGUGGAGGUGCUGCCAGUGGAGGAUCGGUGGAGGAGAGGAUCUGGAGCAACAGGAGAAGGUCUUCCGUUCCUGACGCCAACACGAGGGGAGAAUCUGACACGUCCACAGGUGACGAGGACACCGAAGACGAACUCGAAUACACUGGCGAAUCUCGGGCAACGACUCUUCCUCGUGGAAUGCAAUCCGCCAUUACGGCGGCUACCAAUUCUCUGCCCCGUUUGCCAGCUUCCACAGCACCGGCUGGCCUGACGACCACGUCCACUACCCCUUCGUCGACGAUGCACAAGGCGCACAGCGUCUAUCAUUUCCUGCCGCAGCAUUCUGGCGUCAAAUCUGCCAGAUACCGACCACCAGGCUUCGCGAGGAACAGCAACGUUACUGGCGCGAUCGGUGGACCAAAGCGUGCGGUCAGCGCUCCAGGACUCCAGGUUUCGGGCUCUCAGUCUAACGCUGGGAAACGAGACAAUUCGAGAUCGAGGAGGCAGCAGGCUAUGUCUCUCACGCCUGAUGAUGGAAGUAGCUUGUCAGAAGCAUGCAGUACUCCGAUCAUCGGCGCAGGAUCACGAGCAGGCUCUAGUCACACAGUGAUCGACGUAGAUGACAUGGAUUCCGGACUACAUUCUGGACACCUUGCUACACGUGCGUCUUUGUCGAGUCUUGGAGCACGUUCGGAUUCAAUGGCGUCGGUUUAUAGCGGUGCUGGCGAAGGACGGUGCUGUCGCUCGGUGGUCGUCACAGGAGAAGUCGAAUUCGCUUUACAAUACGAUUACAAGCACCUAACAUUCGAGGUGCACGUAACAAAAUGCAAGAAUCUAGCACCUGUUGAUGUAAAACGCAAACGAUCCGAUCCAUACGUGAAAGUGUACUUACUACCGGACAAGUCAAAGAGCGGAAAACGGAAAACAAAGGUGAAGAAACACACGCUGAAUCCGGAGUUUAACGAGACGUUGAAGUUCCAUAUGAGUCUGAGCGGCCUAGAGACCAGAACCCUGUGGCUGACGGUUUGGCAUUCAGACAUGUUUGGACGCAACGAUUUCCUCGGCGAGGUGCGAAUGCCCCUGGAGAACAAAAUCUUCGACGAUCCCACGCCGAAGUGGUACCCGCUUCAGGAACGAACCGAACCAUUCGACGACCCUGUUGCAUACAAAGGGGAGGUGAUCGUCGGCUUGAAGUUCGUACCGCCAGAUCCUACCCAGCAGGAACGAGAUCGAGAGAUAGGAUCAGAUCGUGGUGCUUCUAAAUCGAAGAAGAACUGGAGUCGCGGCGCGUUGCACGUGCUCGUGAAGGAAGCUAGAAAUUUGCAAAUCAGAGCGAAGAAUUCAGGAACGUGUGAUCCGUUCUGUAAAAGUUACUUACUGCCUGACAAGGGUCGUUCAGGGAAACAAAAGACUGGAGUAGUUCGCAGGUCUGGCGGUUCACCAGUAUGGGGUCAUACUUUCAUUUAUAAAGACGUGAGUCUGCAGGAAUUGGCAGAACGUGGACUGGAAUUGACAGUCUGGGACCACGAUCGCAUUGCCAGCAACGAAUUUUUAGGUGGAGUCCGAUUCAAUCUUGGAACAGGAAAACACUAUGGGAAACCAGUAGACUGGAUGGAUGCAACCGGUCGAGAGCUGUCGCUCUGGCAGAGCAUGCUCGAGAGGCCUAACUUCUGGGUAGAGGGUGCCGUGACCUUGAGGCCAAAUCUGCAUAACCAUGGGAAAAACAGCACUUAAGUCAUCCCUCGUUGUCUCAGUGAUUUCUUUCGUAUUUAAGUGACACGUUCAUUCGUGGACUUGAUGGGUCUCCGUCUCAACGAAGCUCGGAACGCUUCGGCCUAGUUUAACUUAAAUACAUACGUAUCAUGUAUAUAAGUGGCAGUGCAUGCGGACCACACAUCGAAUAAUUUCGAAACGCGACUUUCGAGGAGAGAAGACAAAAAGAAAAAAAGAGAAAAAAAAAGAAAAGAAAAGAAAAGAAUCAGUGCCUUUGGGGCUAUUGCGAACGCGAAUCCUGCUCAUAGGGCACAGUCUACGACUUAGACUCUAAAUUCUCAAGGACAGAGAGUAUGGGAAGUGGCCGUCGCGAGGUACUGGCCCUCGGGACUUCCGGAUGAGUUCCAAGCAAAUCGAGCCUUGGUUCCGAAGUUAGUGCUUACGUCCAGUUUACUUUGUAAAUGAUCAUAGCCGAUAAUUAGAACUUUAAUCCGUAGUUUCCGUUUGCUUUCGACACGUUACUCUGUAGGUAUACCGUUUCGAAUUGCGUUAUAUUUUUCUUUCCUUUUUGGAUUACUGUAUGAAAGAUCGUACGAUAUAUGAUUUUUUUUUUUCAACUGAUUUUUCUUUACACCAUUAUAUCCUCCUUUGUUCUCUCUCGUUACCUUUCUCGUACAGAUUUCUUUGAUACCGACACUCUUGUGUUUCACUUCUUACAUUUUUUCUUCUUUUGUUCGUGUUCUUCCUCCUUUCCUGUGUUAACUAUUCUUGCAGAGCAAAGAAGGUCCUAGCCAGAUGAUCAACGGAACA